AUGGCAGCACCAAAUUCUGCCCAAAACGCGCAGAAUUACUUGCCUGCUGCUCCUGCUGCUCCUCCCAUGCCAGUGUAUAAUACGAUCUUGCACGACUGGGCCCAGGGUAUCCAUCAACACCCGUGGAACCUGACACGUGACGGCAGAAUUACUACACUUGAAGCCAUCUAUGAACAAGUGAUGCGUUACACGCGCUUUAUCAAUGAUCCAGCUGAACAUGAUCCAUUCCACAAUGCACCAGCCCCUGUGAAAGCAUACCGUGUCGAGCGCUGGUCUUGGCACACAAUUUACGGUAGAUACAAUGAUGGCCCGUUGAAAUUCCCUGGUGUUGAUCCAGAGCCAGAGUGCGUACGGUUGCAUCUGUGGAACCCCCCGCCGUUUCUUCAAAGACAGCGUGGACAGGUCUCGACUCCAGUGCAAACCACAGCUGUUUUUGUUCCUCAAUUUGAUGCUCCAGUGCAACAACCUCCACAGAUGCAAUACCAACCACCGAUGCACCCUCCGCAGCAGAUGCAACAAGUAGACACUGCUGAAGAACAAAGCAACGGGGACCCUGACGGUGAUCUCACCUAUGAAGAGCUCCUGAUUAAUGUCCUGCUGUCACAUACACUGGAAGAACUGGCACAGUUGCAACAAGAGGCCUUUGACUUGAAGGCACGACGCGAUGCUGCAAUUGACGAUGGUAGAGGGGAUGAUGGGGGAGCUGAGAGUUCUUCUCGGUAAUCCGGUGUCCUGGUAUAGUAUCUCAGAUGAGUACUGCAAGUCUCUGUUGAGACUGAUUUCCUUUUAAGUCUCUUUUGAGAAGUAGUACUCUGUUGAGGCUACUGUUUCCUUUCAUAUCUCUGUUGAGAUGUAGCACUCUGUUGAGGCUACUGUUUCCCCCAUUUCGCUCUGUUGAGUUCCAGUUCUCUGAUGAGACUGUGGUAUUUCUGGCCUUAGUUGAGGUUCCGAUUUAAGUAUCUAUUUACAGUGGAUGUAAUAAAAUUUAACUGUGCCUUAUUUCCCACAUGACAGUGAAUAUGUUCGCGCCAGUCAUGGCCACGUCCCCCACAUAGAGCUGGAUCAAUCGAUGUCCAAUUGCCAUCCGAUUUCAACACACUUUCACUUGGCUUUGGGAUCCCCUUCGUCUGUUUUGGCAUGCGAGACAGUCGUAUAUUAUUUAGGGGUGGCGACAAAGGUCCCGCAGCAGAAUGCGGGGAAAUACUGUAUUUUAGGCCGGAAUGCUCUGCCGACAGUCGACCCCUUGGUCACCAAGGUC